GCUGGACGCAAAAUGCUCUGCCCAGCGGGCGCCGUCGCGUUUGCUGCCUGCGUUCCUCUCCAAUGAUGAUAAGACGCAUGGAUGCACUCGUCCCAGACCUCGUUCCUAAAUGUGAUAAUACUAAAAUCAUUUUCUCCAACGACCCCUUAAUCUGAUCACUGUCUUUUUUUUUUUUUUUACCCCGCGUGUGUGUGUGUGUGUGUGUGCGCGCGCGCGUGUGUGUGUGUGUGUGGAUUCGGUUCAUCUUUAACCUGCCAUCACUGUAGCCCCCCGCGUUGCGUUGGCGCUGCGGAUCUAGCCUACAAGAACAAGAGCCAGCUCACAGCCGUGGAAACAAGCGAAUCAAUUUAGGGACGAGAAAGGGAGACAUAGAUAGCGAGGUUGGAAAACUGACGAUCGGGAGAAGGGACGAGAGGAGAGAAAACAUCGACCUCACGCCGCAGCCGCCGAAACAUUAAGUGAGAAGCAACAGCCUCCACAGGGACAGCACUUUCAAGAGCAAAUCCUCCCCCAAAUUUGAUUUAUACGCUAAUGAUUGCCAUGGGAACAAAAAAAUUCAGGGUUCCCUAAAAUGACAUAUUGAAGAGAAUAAGGUGUGUGAUAGUCAAAGAAACAUGAGCAAAGUAAAAUAAGAAUCUAUUAAUGAUAAAUAGUCUUUAAUAUAACAUUGCACUUUUUCUUCUCAAUUUUUAAAGUGACUGCUUGAAGGAGAAAAAACAGAAUAAGAGCAUCAAAUAUGAACAUCAAGAUAAGCACUUAAAUUCCCUUGUUUGGAGGUGACUUAUCAACAUCAUAGCAAUAGGGGUGGGUCAUGACUCAGUUGCCAUGCGUGUUGUCAUGGUGACCAGCCCCUGCACCCCUUCCCCCCUCCUCUGGUUGGUCCAGCUUUUGUUGUGGUUUCACAACCAUGGACCUCAGCUCACAGAGGCAGCACCCCCCUGCCCCACCCCCUGUACCUGCUCCAAUCAGGCGAGCCGUGUCAUCUGUACAAGGAAGAGUUUAGAUCAAGUCCCGGAGAGUAUUUCAGAGAACACAAGAUACCUCAAUCUACAAGAGAACACAAUUCAGGUGAUCAAGUCUGACACAUUUAAGCACCUGCGGCAUUUGGAAAUCCUCCAGCUCUCCAAGAACCACAUCCGACAAAUUGAGGUGGGAGCUUUCAAUGGCCUUCCCAACCUCAACACGCUGGAGCUUUUUGACAACCGUCUUACAGUGGUACCGUCACAAGCCUUUGAGUACCUCAGCAAGCUAAGGGAACUAUGGCUACGAAACAACCCCAUCGAGACGCUGCCUGCAUUUGCCUUUCACCGAGUUCCCUCUUUACGACGUCUUGAUCUAGGGGAACUCAGGAAGCUGGAUUUCAUCUCAGAGGCUGCUUUUGAAGGUCUGGUAAACUUGCGCUUCUUGAAUCUUGGCAUGUGCGGCUUGAAGGACAUCCCUAACCUCACCCCACUGGUACGACUAGAGGAGUUAGAGCUUUCAGGGAACCAGCUUGGUAUAGUCCGGCCUGGAUCCUUCCAGGGCCUAGUGUCGCUUCGCAAGCUGUGGCUAAUGCACUCCAGAGUGUCAGUCAUUGAACGCAAUGCUUUUGAUGAUCUCAAAAACCUGGAGGAGCUCAACCUCUCCCACAAUUCCCUGCAUUCCCUGCCUCAUGAUCUCUUCACCCCUUUGCACCAGUUGGAGAGAGUGCAUCUCAACCACAACCCUUGGGUGUGCAACUGUGAUGUUCUGUGGCUCAGCUGGUGGCUGAAAGAAACAGUUCCCAGCAACACCACAUGUUGUGCUCGCUGCCAUGCGCCCCCAGGUCUAAAGGGCAAGUACAUUGGGGAACUAGACCAGAGCCACUUUACCUGCUAUGCCCCAGUGAUUGUUGAGCCACCCACUGACCUCAAUGUCACUGAGGGCAUGGCUGCUGAGCUGAAAUGUCGCACUGGAACCUCGAUGACCUCUGUGAAUUGGUUCACUCCAAAUGGCACUCUGAUGACCCACGGAUCGUACCGAGUUAGGAUCUCAGUGCUUCAUGACGGAACACUGAACUUCACAAAUGUGACCGUGCAAGACACUGGGCAGUACACUUGCAUGGUAACCAACUCUGCUGGAAACACCACUGCAACCGCUGUCCUCAAUGUGUCUGCGUCAGACCCCAGCAACAGCUACAGUUAUUUCACCACUGUCACUGUGGAAACAGUAGAGACAGUAAGAGGAGAGGAGGAGAACUCAGCAAGACAGUAUGUUAAUGAGACAUUCAUAGAUUUCUCUAAUCCUACUGUUCAAAGAGGGGUGAUAGAGGGCAGACCUGGCAUCACUAUAUCACCUUCUCUCUCCUCUCUUUCCUCACUGUCCCCACGAGCCAACAGAGCUACUGAAAAUGCAGUGACUGUGUCCAUAAUGGAUGUAACUAACAUUCCUGGCCUGGAUGAUGUAAUGAAAACAACUAAGAUCAUCAUUGGUUGCUUUGUGGCCAUUACUUUUAUGGCAGCUGUAAUGUUGGUGGUCUUCUAUAAACUCCGGAAGCAGCACCAGCUACACAAGCACCACGGCCCAGCCAGAGCCAUUGAAAUAGUCAAUGUAGAAGAUGAGAUCGGAGCCGGGGCCGGGAGUGGUAUCUCAGGUGGUUCAACAAUGAAUUCUGGAGCAGGUGGAGAAGGAACCCUAAGGAUACAUCAUCCAGAAAUAGUCAACCUUCCCAACAUUGGCCGUACAGAUACUCUUAACCAUUACUACAAGACCCAUUUCAACAACAAUGUGAUGGGUCUUAGUAUUGGCACCGAAGGGAUGGGACCAGGAGGGAUCCUCAAGAACCAGCAAGGCCAGGAUAUCCCCAUCUCCUGUACCUCAGUCCCAAUCUCUACAUCUAAUUUGCUCACCUCAUCAGGCAACGGCACCAACACCAACCCCAAUUCUAUGUCCCCACCGCUGCCAAUGUCUCUCCCCAUGCCGACUAUGGGCUUACAUGGAUCGAUCAAAGGUUUCAUGGGCCAAAACCAGAAUCCCCAAAUGGAACCUCUUCUCUUCAAAGGGAGCUCGAAGGAAAACGUUCAAGAGACUCAAAUCUAAAAACAAAAAGUGAGAGUAUAGAGAGAGAGUGAGCAAGAGUCGGAGACAGAGAGGGGAUUGAUGUUGGGUUUAAAUGCGCGGAAUGAUUAGACACUAGAGUGCAUUGACAUUACACCAGGAGAGAGGAUAGACUGACACGGCAAUACACAAACACAUAGACUUAUCCGUGACAGUGUACUGAGCCAAGGAUUACCACAAUGGGCCACUUGUGUUUGUAGUAACGAUCAUGGCCAUGAAGAUCAAGGAAUGGACAUUGCUACAAUGUAAAUCUGUGCCAAAGCAAAUGUUUUUUGCAGUUUCUACAAGCUGUGUUCCUAUAGGGAAAAACUAGCCUUUCAGAGUAUUCAGUCCCCAAAUUGUUGUUGGCCAGCAGAGAUGAAAGACAUGCACAGCACUUACCACACUGAAGAUCGGCGACAUUACAGAACAAAUUCCAAGAGACAUUUUUCUUCCACACAAAACACAAGCCACACUCUCUCUCAAGUGACUCAAUAGACUCCCUCAAGGUGAAAAUUAUGUAGGCAUAAAGAGAUGGACAAAAAGGUACAGUGCAGUACAAACUACUGUGAAAAAUCCACAAAUUAUAUAAAUAUAUUUUCAUUUAAAUAUGUAUCAUCGCAGACUCCAAUGCAGAGAUAUUUUGGGGUGGAUGUAUAAGCUGGUACAGUUUGUUUCUUUGUGAAUAAUCAGGGGCGGCGAUAGUGGACGUUGGUUAUGAUACAUGUUUUAAGUUUGGCUACUUCUCAGAAACAUAAGGGCUCAAUUGCAACACUCAUUGUGAAUCUUUGAAUUGGCUUUGUGACAUAAAGUCCAUUUAGGUUGUAGAACAGUAAAUGCAGAUCUCUGUUUGACAAACUUUUGUCUGUUGCUUCAGUAAUAAUCAUUACAAACUUUUGUGUUCUGAGAGUGUAUUAUGUAUUUUGUAAAAGCCAGCUACUUGGUAUUUGAAUUGACAAUUCUGAUACUUAAAUGCCAGCAUCAAAUAAUGGUAAAACUAUGUUCCACAAACACAGAAAGGUAAUUCAAUGCAAAGAUCUGUAUGGGUAAAAUAAAGUGUUGACAAUGUGUUAUUUAAAUCAGAUCAGUAGCCAGAUAUUUGCUUUUAGACAGGAAUUUGAUAUGACCUCCUUGCUCAUGGUUACCAUAGUCAUGCCAUAAAAUGCUGUCAUAAGGAUGAUUAGACAUCUAUCUGCAACAGCAUUCAAGAAGGGAUUAAACAUCCAUCUUAGGAUGAUUGGAAUGAAUGGAAAUGUACAGUAUAUUAAUAAUAAUAAUGUCUGGUUGUAUGACAAUUGUAAGAUCCACAUUUUUAUAGUGUAACUUUCAUAUGUUAAAUGCCAUUUACGCUUCUUGCGUUUCAACUAUGUAUUUCUUUAUUUUUGUUAGUUUGAUAUAAUGUGUACAGUUGUCUAGCCAUGUAUCAUUACGUGUGAAAUAAAUCAAUCAUAUAUUGGGUUGUGGCGGGUCAAUAUGGCAACCACAUAAGUAAAGUGUGAGACAUUAUGCAGGCCUCUGCACUAAACCUGGAUUGAAUGUAUGGUUUGUGGUUUAGCCAUUAGUCAUUCUGGUAAUGAUAGGUGCCAUCUUCUCUAUUAACAUGCUCACACAGGCUUUCAGUCACUCUCCUAUGGAUGUUCUACAGACACUACUGGUUUUCCAAAAUGAGUGUUUUUGACAGAACUAGAUGAUCUUACUCUUAAUGAAGGCGCUUUUGUCUGAAAUUAGCCCUCGAUACGCGUCUCCCAUGGUGAUUCUUUAACAGUGUUUUUGAAAUGGGAAGAUGAUUAAGGUUAAGAAAAACAUUGAAUAAAUUACCUUUUUUUGGAUAACAGAUUGUAUUUUUUAAGUAGGAACCUAAAAUGUUUGUUGCAAUUGAGCACAAACUGGACAUGCAACCAGUUAUUCCAGAUAAAUGAACCUGAGAUAGUAUUAUCAACAAAAUC